AUGCUUCGUUUCACAAAGGCACUCUCCUCAAAGACAAGAGAGCUCUCCAAAAGCAUACAUAAAGUGAUCAAUGUGUUGUCACAAAGUCUACAUAGAGAAUCGCCAAAACACUCAGCGGAGGUUCAACACUCAGCAGAGGGACAAAGAUCUAGUUCUGGUAAACUUCAAAACUUUUCCACAUUCUACAAAUCAUUCCAAUAUACACUCUUCACCUCCUACAAAUCGCUGAUCCUCCACAACAAGCCGCAGCUUAUCAAGUUUGUUUCAAGGCCUCGUUUUUAUGGCUUCUUCCUUUUUCAAACACCAAAGUUCAACCUAAACCCAACUUACCCAUUAUUGCAGAUCUUAUGGAAAAAGUUUCAACAGCGCACUCCUCUACACUCGAAACCAAACCUUUCGCUAUCAGCACGCAUCCACCAUCAAGUGUUAUCGCUUGCUAAAACUGAAUCAUCGUCCACCUCAAAUGCUGUUGCCAAUUGCCACAUUGACUUCCCAGUCAACUUCACCUUCUCCAUUCCCAAUGAGACAAUUCUCACUCAAGACACCCUAGAUGAAAUCUUGUUCAACAUAAAGACAUUUGAGAAAAAACUAAACGAUUUCAAAGCUGAUCUAACCAGCAUUUUUGAAUUGGGCGAGUUGCCAAUCAAAUACUUGUCCAAACAAAACGUCCUCAGAGUUUACUUUGCAAACUGCGAUAAGGAAAGGUUACUGAGACUAUGCAAUGAAAAGGGUAUCGUAGGAGGCUUCAUACAUGAAGACUCCCAGGGUAUCGCUCCUGUCCCUGCAGUGGUUAACGACUCGGAUAUCUUGAGUUCCUAUUCGGAUGACCAUUCCUUCUCAUCUGACGUCUUGAGCUCAUUGUCAAGCGAUCUUGAUCACCAUUUAUCAAGAACUGUUGUACGUCCUGAAAUCCCAGAGGACUUCCACUGGGUAGACUCUCGUGUAUAG